AUAUUAUUGGAGGAUCCUAUUACCACAUGUCUUUCUCCUUCCGUGUAUGAUAUGAUAUGUAAACUCGGGUUUGAAGUCAGAGAAAGUCGUGACAUCAAUAGUAUUGUAACUCAGAAUGGUGAAGUGUGCUGGAAGGCUAUCACAGACUGUGUGAUUUAUACACAAUCAGGUGUUUCUGCUGAUUGGAAAAGAAUGCCCCUUUCUUCUAAGAGAUCUGCUCGCAUCUGAGGAGCUUGCUCAAGUCUUUGGACUCUCUGUGGUGAGCUUAUUUACCACACUAAUAGCAUAGGCACAACACAAAACCGGUAACGUUAGCUGUACUUUUGUUCCUCAAAAGUCAAUGCUGUAAUAGGAAAAAUUAAUUAUGUCUAAUUCAAGCAUAUUCUUAUUUCCCACCUCCCCUUUCAAAACUGCCACUCUUCCAACCAAAAGACACACAUCUCUCCUAUCCUGAGUCUUUAUAUAGUAUAAUAGCCCCUGGUGUUAUGGCCCCUGUUGCGAUGGCUCCUGGUGUGAUGGCCUCUGGUGUGAUGACCCCUGGUGUGAUGGCCUGGGUGUGAUGGCCUCUGGUGCGAUGGCCCCUGGUGUGAUGGCUCUGGUGUGAUGGCUCUGGUGCGAUGGCCUCUGGUGCGAUGGCCCCUGGUGCGAUGGCCCCUGGUGUGAUGGCCCCUGGUACGAUGGCCAUUGGUGUGAUGGCCCUGGUGUGAUGGCCGUGAUGUGAUGGCUCUGGUGCAGUGGCGUCUGGUGCGAUGGCCUCUGGUGUAAUGGCCUCUGUUGUGAUACUCUCUGAUGUGAUAACCUCUGGUGUAAUUACCUCUGGCACAAUGACACCCUCCAGAAUAGCCUUUGGUAUAAUAACCUCUGAGGAGUCAGUCAUAUGAACAAUUUGAAGUCUAUUGCUUUAAUUAGUUAUGUAUUAAUAAUUAUAAUACUAACUUAUUCUAAAAUAAAAUUUUAACUCUUUAAAGAGUGACAUAAUUUUAUUCUAAAAUACAGUAUUUCUAACGUGGGAAAUUAUGCCCUUUGCAACUGUUCAAAUUUAUGAUGAAAAAAAUAAUUUAGGUGUCAGUUAGAAAACAUGCAGAACUAUGUACUUUUUCAAAAUCUUCUAGAAGGCGUAUGACCAAGACUGUUUAAGACUAACCUUUAGAGACUGCAAGGGGCAGAGUCAAGGUGAAGCAGAAAGCCAUGAGCUGUCAUGGAAAGGGCUCCUGCUGGGCCAAAGGCAUUUCAGAUAAUCGUGAAGUGUGUUACAGGCUCAGCACACUGUCUGUGGACAGAAAGUCUCCUCUCUGUCUUCAUGGUGCUUCCUUAUUCCUUGUCUUUUUAAACAUUGUUUCCUGUCUACCGAGUAUGGAAUGAAGACAAAGUGUGUCUUCUUGUCACACUGACUUCUUUGUUUUUUAUUUUCACGCUGACUUCUUAAACAGAGUCUGUUGUUUUGACCUGAUCUUUGUCUGCUGUGUACUCUUAGCCUUUUGCCUACUUGCGACCACUUUCACCCCCAGGUGAUUUUACUAGUUCAUGGGCACAUGUGUUUCUGAUUGCCCAGAUGGUACGUUAAUUAAAACUUAAUAGUAAAUUAAUAGGGAAUAGCAUUAAAUACUGUAAUGAUCAGUCACUAACACUGAAGUAUUAAUAGUAAAAUCACCGUGAGAGAGAAGACCUGCAGCAGCAUGAACUGUUGCCUGGUGAGCUCUGGGACCAGGUGGGACGUCUUUAUGACCUGGCUUCGCCCCGCCCUCUCGGGGGAGGGCAAAGGGCUGUUGUGUGGUUCUCAGCCUCUGGUUCAGGUGCUUGAAGACAGCCUGCCUUCCUCUGAGUCUCUGUAGGCUCAGCUGUUCCUUCUCAAGUGGCGUGCUCUUCAGUUCUGAGUCUGAAUAUCUUCCAUCUUUUCUGAAUCUCUUCUAACGUGUGCGCUGCAUAGCAGAGGUCACCCGCAGACGCAUGGACCCCUGUGAUGGCUGUGUCUGCACUUUACAGAUGGAGGGACUUGGAGUUGGGGCGGCCGGCCGGGCCUCCGCACUGCCCUGUGUGUUUGAUCAGGGCCCACGCCGCUCACCGCCUUUCCAUGCUCUGCGCUUCCUGUCUGAUUUUACCCAGACAUUAGGCACCUUGGAUGCACAGUAUGAAAGCACCCCGCACACUCUUCUCUGCGUGGGGUGCACAGCGGUGCCUCCACACAGGCUGUUCUGAGGCUGACCGAGAGGCACGUGCACCAAAUGCGUGCUAAGCGUCAGUACAUGUUCGUUGCUUAUUGUUAUUACUGCUACUCCUACUCCCACUGGGUCAUUUUUACGGUUAUUAUCACUAUUGUCACUACAACGGUGAUGACUGUGAAGCAAAGCAGCCACUGCUGGUUCUGUCACUUCUAAGGGAGAAAGCGUACACCACCCCUGUGUGACUUUGUCUUGUCUGUCGUCCUGUUCUUACGGCCUGUUCCAUACUCCGCUGCCCUUCCCCUGAGGAGAUGAGUGUGCUCAGGGUCUUCAUCGGCUCUCCGUGUGGCCUCAAUCUGCGCAACGUCUUAUGGCACGGCUUCGCAUCCCCUCACGAAAUCCCGCCCAUGUACUGUUCAACGCUGGUGGUGUUGACGGCAGGAAUGGGGCAACUACUAAAGAGUUACCUGCAGCAAAGCGAGCUCACCUGGGCACCUCGACCGCUCAUCGCUCUUCCAGACUUGGAGGAUGGGGCCGUUUUCCCAGAAGUUACUCAGGAGGUGCUUUCAGUACUGGAGGAAGUGAUGAAGAAAUCCACUUUUAUAUUAAGAACCAUGUUGCCGUAUUGGGAAGUCGCAUUAAUCAGGUUCAAGGCACACAGGUUUGCCGACUGUGCCAUGUUGUUAGUGACACAGCUAGAGACCGGACUGAGGCACCUGUUUGCCACCAUUAACAAGUGUCCCCAAAGACUUCUGACGGCUGAGUCAACAGCUCUCUAUACCACCUUCGAUGAAAUACUGGCAAAACACUUGAAUGAUGGUGAAAUCAACCAGCUUCCUCUUUUCCUUGGAGAGCCUGCAAUGGAGUUUCUCUGGGAUUUUCUGAACCAUCAGCAGGGUCCUCGUGUAAGAGAUCAUUUAAGCCAUGGGGAAAUCAACUUAUCUGAAUUUCCGAAAGGAAUAACAGACCAGCUGCUUGCAUUUUCCACUGUACUUUUGCUGCGAUUCGUUGACGAAGAGCUAGCGUCUGUGUUCAAGGAAAAAGCAGCCAUACAAUCACUGGUGCAUCUCGCAGAAGGCUACAGUGCUCGCUUCCACCCCAUGUCUCUGCUGAGAAAACAGACCUUUUCCUCUCAGGUGCUGAGCUGUGAGGAGAGCAUCAGGGCUUGGCCUCUGCUGCCUUUGCCGAGAGAAGCCGAAGAGGCCAGAUUAGAAGGUAGUUCUGAAAUAAAUGCCUGCAACUCUUUGAUUACAAAAAUCACUUAUGAGCUGUAUCACCACAUACCAGAGAAUCGCUGUGUGUUUACUGACUUGGACAAUCUUCCCAUUGAGAAGUGGCCCCGGCCGCUCCGGGAACUCUGUGGCAUCCGCGUCCCAACAUUGUUCUGUCCCAGAGCCGUUCUGGAAGUGCUCACUGUGCUUCAAAACAUCGUCAGGCGCUGCUCCCACGUGUCCCACCAGGUCGUGGCCUCCUGGGUGCGGAGACGCCAGCAAUGGGCGGAGAAGACGCUGCGCUCCCGGCAGAGGCAGAACUUUGUGCACAUGUCCCAUAGUAUUAAGCUCCUGUCUCCUGUGCUUCUCCUGAUUUUAUUGCUGAUUGCACUGGAGUUGGUCAACAUUCCUGUGGUUCAUGGGAAAAAUACUUACGAAUAUCAGCAGUAUCUCAAACAGGAAGGGUUCACCGGAGCUGAAAAGAGCCACUGGGCCAGACGCCACGAGCAAGGGCUGUGUGACCUGUACCCCAGGAAGGCGACGGCGCCCCACCCAUUCACCCUUGAGAGACCAGAGCCGCUCCCGCUCAGGACCAGCGUCCCCGGUAGACAGCGGGGCUGGGGCUGGGGCCGGCACAGGAGGCGAGGUGUUAGCCCUUCGUCGACCAGGCUCCUGUCCCGUGCAGUCCCUCCCGUGGAGCUCAGGACGGGCUGCGUGGGGACGCUCUCGGUUCAGAGAGCUGUGGUGGCUUCCUGCGUGUGACAGUGACCAGGUGCGGACUGGCUGCAGAAAUGGGCUGCCGGCAGCUCUCCGUGUAGGAGCUGCACAGACCCAUCCCUCCCAGGGUCACCCGGCUCCCGGCCGCGGGCGGGGCCUCACUGGCGACGUGCGGGGGUUCCGUCUGUGCCACUGAAGGUUGCAAUGAAAUGAAAUCACUGUUGCUUCAGCGUGCGUCACGUGUGGCCAGUCCCGCUGACAUCCUGGGGACACUGGAUAAUGUGUCAGUGCCAGUUAAUUUGGGACUAUUGACACUCGAUCUAAGAUCAGGCCCUACAGGUACCCCAGUGAGACCCUGGAUGAAUGCAGGAUUCUUCUGACACGGCAUUUAAUUACCUUCACAUGAGAGUAUUUUAUGUUUAAUUGCAAAAAGCCAGUCAUCACACUGCUCGUACCAGUGACUAUAGUUUGUGAAGCUGGGGGGCACAGCCUGAUGGUUUAUAUACCGGAUACCGCCGGGCGCAGCACGCACUUUCCUUUCCAGGCACGUGGCAUCGUAAUUGUUCCCGUCUGCACAAUCCCCGAGCCUGGCAUGUUACUGACCAGUGAAGAGUGAGGAGCAGAGGUGCUGCUCGCCCUCGCAGGCAGGCGCAGGGAGGAGGAAGGAGGAGUGGCAGGGAGGAGUGCCGGAGUCCUCCGCGGGGCCGUCCGUCCGCCGGGGGCGGGGCCGUCCG